GAGGCGUCCAUGCGCAGCUGGCACAAUCAUUAUAGUCUUAAUUCAAAUCCAACUGUCGAAUAAGACAUCGCGGUGGACGCACAUGGGACUUGCUGACGCUCUUGAGCAACAUCAUCAAAUAUGUAUUUUUGACUUUGAAGUUCGGGCUGGAGCCUUCCUUUGACUUCGGACAUCGAUACAAUAACAGAAUAGGUCUAGAAAGCCAGAAGACAGCACCUAUCCGAAAUAGUAAUUGACAAGGAGAUAGCGACUGUUGCCUUUAGAGCAGUUAGUGGGCUCACCAUCGCUGAUAUAGCCCACUCGUCCGAUAGGGUUCUGGUCUGGGAACUUCGCUUUUGGACAACCCAAUCAUGGCUCUGCGCCCUUUCGUAGGUGAUCUUCAAGCGGAAAAAUCCGGAGGUGUAUCCGAAGUUAAAACAUGGAACAAGCACCAGGGACAGGAAGGAGUCGAGAGAGAUGGUAUGAAUGUUCCAUGUUCCAUCCAGACAGGCAUCAGAAGGGCAAAUUCUCGCCAUGUACCUUACCGCGCGCCUCUUGAAACGAUAUCGAUGCACGGUGGGAUGGUUCUUGGGCGAAGAAUUCUUCCUGUCGUGCAUCGACAAGAUGAGAAAAAAAGAGUCAAAAUAGUAAAGCGGUAUCAGAUGAAUCUCGCGACAUGCUGUGAACCACACGUGCUCGUGGGAAAUAUCGGGACGAAGUUCCGGCACUUGAGACGCCAGCGUAUUGUUGAUGAUGUGUCAAUGUUUGGAAGACCAGUGCACAGGGUCGAAGACAAGCUGCCGGGACACUACUGGACUGUCACAUUCUACACAGACGAUCCGGACCAGGACGCUGAGGAUCUCAAAUGCGAAAUUGGCUCGACAAUAUGCAUCAAGAACUCGAGGUUGCACUACUUCUUCGACGGCGAGGUCGGGUAUCGAAUUGAAGACGUCUCCACCAUUACUGUUCUUCCGUGCGUUAUUGAAGAAUUGAGAACACUCAACUCAGAAUUGCGCCAAAGAUCUGACGCGGGGCAGUUCCUGCCGUGUAUCGUCCGCAACGAAGCCGCUCACCGUCGCUGUACCAUGUGUAAAUCGUGCUACUGUUCUCGGCAAUGCCAAUGUCAGGAUUGGGAAAAGCACAAGGUGAUUUGCAAAGCCUUGAAGACGCUUUUAGAAUGGAAUGUUGAGUUCUCUUAG